AUGGAUUCAUCAAGUCAACAACAACAAUCCCAACAACAACAAACCCAACAACAACAAUCCCAACAACAACAGCAACAGCAACCGACACAACAACAGCAACAACAAUCACCACAGCAACAACAGCCACAACCAUUAGUAAGAGAACAACUUAAGUUCCCAAAAAAUUACCAUCAAUUUAAAAUCGAAAAUAGGAAACAAAAGCUGCAACAACAGCAGCAAGCACAACAAUAUAAUCCGAUUGGGGUAUUACAAUAUCAUCAAGGAAUUAUGAGAAUGUUGAGGGAACAACUUAAGUUGCCAAAACAAUUCCAUCAAUUUAAAAACGAAAAUAGGCAACAGAAGAUUCAACAACAUAACCCUGUUGGGGUUCCUAUAGCAAUGGCAUUUUCUAAUUACGUAUUAAUAGUGAUAAUGUUGGAAUGUGAUCAUCAACAAUAG